UCCUCUGCACUUCGUCCCACCAUGAAGAUCGCCGUCGUUCUCGCUCUGCUGGCCGUGGCUGUGGCCGACAAACUGCCCUUGACCAACCCUCCCGUGGCCAUCCUCAGGAGCAGCCAAGUCAACCCCGACGAGCUCGGCGCCCACAGCUCCGACUUCGAGGCCGAAAACGGCAUCGUGUUCCAGUUCUCAGGCAAAGAGGCUGAAGAGGGCGGCGCCAACAUGGUCGGAUACUUCAGCUACCCCCAGGAGGACGGCUCUCUGGCCGAAGUCAAGUUCGUUGCCGACGAGAACGGCUUCCAGCCCGAGUCGUCCCUCCUGCCCGUGGCCCCCGCCUUCCCCCACCCCAUCCCCCAGUUCGUCCUCGACCAGAUCGAGUUCGCCCGCCUCGAGGACGAGCGCAAGGCCCUUGAGUCUCAGGAAUAAUUCGAACCCCAACAUUGUAUAUUCUGAUAUUUUAUGCAGUCAUGUUUAUUUAUUUACUAAACCGACAUCAGUAAAUAUAUCAAUUGUUCUUA